GAACUCAAUGUGUUAAAUCCGACCUCCCUCCCCCACUCCCUCGGCGCCGCGGCAAAGGCCAAUCGGUGAACCAGUGGAAGUCCAGUCUAUCUAUUACCAAUGGCUCGACAGGUAGAGAAGGGUCCUGCUGCCGGCGACACGGAAGAGCCGCCUACGUCGACCGCGGCCUCGAGGGGCGGGUGUGGGCGCCUGUCUGCGUGGGCGGCGACCGUGUCCGUGGAACCCGUGCUGUUCCUGCAUAAUCUUGCGAGCCAGAUCGUGUGGGUGGCGUCGCAGGACCUCCUGGUGGAAAGGUGCCUGGUCAACUAUGGCUAUGCGAAAGACGUGUGCGAGGACCUGACCAAGCACGACGAGGAACAGGCGCGUGUGCAGGACCUCGUGUCGGACUUCCUCAUGUAUCGCUCUAUCUUCGAGACGUCUAUCAAGGUGAUCUUCGUGCUGUACCUCGGGUCGUGGAGCGAUCGCACGGGCCGCAAGGUCCCGCUCGUCAUCUCGCUGCUGGGCCUGCUGGGGGAGGCGGCCGUGUUCCUCGCCAACGCCCUGUCGCCGUCGUGGGGCGUGAGCAUGGCGCUGCUGUCCUCCGUGCCGUACUCGCUCAGCGGCGGGACGCACGCCCUGCUCAUGCUCGCCUUCGCGCACCUCGCCGACACCUCCGGAAGGCGGGAGCGCACGGUAAGAAUGGGCCUCCUGGACGCCGCCUACUACCUGGGGUCCCCUGUGGGAAUGGCGCUGGUGUCGCCCCUGCUCAACGCCGGCGGAUACACGGCCGCCUUCGGCACCGCCAUCCUCAUCUACUGCGUGUCCGCCGCCUACGUCCUGCUCAGGAUACGGCAGACAGGGCGCCAGAGGGAACUGCAGAAUGGACCCGAAAGUGCGUGCGACCUGAGUCACCUGAGUGAGGCCGUCGCGGUGACCUGCCGACCUCGCCACCAGAGGGCCACCACGCACAUCCUGCUGCUCAUCCUCGCCAUGCUCUGUGACUCGAUGCCCGUCUGGGGUGAAGGCAACGUGAAGUAUCUGUUCACUCAGCGAGCACUCGACUGGAAUCACAAUCAGUAUAGUCACUGGGGAACCUUUUCCUCCCUUCUCAGUGUUGCCGUCCUGGUCGUGGUAGUUCCUGUCCUGAGCGGCGUCUUGGGCGUGCCAGACGGCUGGAUGGGCGUGAUCGGGGCUGUAUCUCGCACGGCCGGCAGCCUCUGCUACACCUUCGUGACGAGCCCCAGCCUGGCCUGGCUCAUGUGGAUGGGCGCGGUCAUUUCCAGCGCGAAAAACCUGGCUCCGGUGUCUAUACGUUCUCUCCUCUCUAAGCUGGCCGGAGCUCAAGACGUGGGAAAAGUCUACGCGGUCAUGGCGACGGCCGAGUCCAUCUUGCCGUUCGCCGCCGCGCCGAUGUACAACGCCGUGUACACCGCCACCAACGAGACUCGCCCGGCCACAUACAACCUGCUCUCCGCUGCAUUUUAUUCGUGUCUUUUCGCUCUCAUACUAGGCGUCACGCUGUCCCUCGGAAAGAUCGCCUCGAGGACCUCGUCAGGGGAGCGCCAGCCCGCCAAUAGCUAGCUGACACCCACAGAUGUAUUAAUAUUUUCUUCGAUGUAAAAAUGUCAGUUACAUUUUCCCUCCCGAAGCAAGCAUGGGAAGGAAUUUCUUUCUCAAAUAAAAGAUGUCACUUACAUUUUCCUUACCGAAGGAAGCCUGGGAAGGGACUGAUUUCUCAAAUAAAAGGGAACUUUUAAUGUUUAUAAA